UUGAAAAAUCAAUUGACCAUUGUACUUUUUAUGGUACUUAUGAUGCAAUUUUCAGUAAGCUAUCAAGACUCGAAACAACCGGUGAAGUUUGAUUUUGUGGGAAUGUAUCGGCGAAACGGUUUCAAUACUAUUGCCACAAAAGAGAAAUCCGUUUUACAGGAAUUGUCUAAAGAGUUGAACCAAUUUUACGAUCGUUUUGGUAAAGCACCCGUCAGUGACCUAUUGUUUAUCAUAUACGACGACUUUGGUUCUGUAAUCAAUAAUUUUGUGGACGACGUCAAUAUAUUUGAGAAACAGUUUGCCAAAAAAGCUCCGACAGUCGCCCAGACAUUGAAAUUGGUGUCGGAUUUGCUCAAACAAAUCGGUCAGACAAUCCAUAAGACAAUUCAACCGCUACUGGCCGGCGGUAAACGAAAAGGGAAACCAUUACUGGACAAACAUUUUGGUUCGGUUAACCAAAAGAUAUCCACUAAUGUGGCCAAACUGUUGAAACUACCGCAGGAGGCGCCCAAAUUAGUGUCCACUGUGUUUGUGGAAAUAAUUCAAACGACAAGCCGGGCAACCAAUCAGGCCAUCCAAUCGAUUUUGGAUAAGACUAAAGUGUUGGAUGUAUUACCGGCACAAUACUUACCCAUACAAGUGUUUACCCAAGCAGUGGACGUCCUUUUCCAGAAAAUUGCUGAUACCUUGAAAUUGGCUAAACUCUAA